AUGUCGGAACUGUCCUUCAACGCCGCCAAUGUCCGUGUCCUCGGCCACGUCUCGGACCCCUUUCGCCGCGUACUGACGCCCGAUGCCUUGCGUUUCCUUGCGUUCCUCCACACACACUUUGAGCCUCGACGUCAAGCUCUGCUGGCUGCUCGUGUCCAGCGACAGAAGGAGCUGGACGCUGGUGCGCUCCCCGAUUUUCUACCAGAGACCGUGUACAUCCGCGAGAGCGACUGGAAAGUGGCUCGGAUUCCUGCGGACUUGGUCGACCGCCGGGUCGAGAUUACAGGUCCCGUGGACCGCAAGAUGGUGAUAAAUGCACUGAACUCGGGCUCUAAGUGCUACAUGGCAGACUUUGAGGACUCGACAGCUCCGACGUGGUUGAACCAGGUGGACGGCCAAGUGAACCUUGUGGAUGCUGUACGGAAAACGAUUUCGUACACGCACCCACAGACGGGCAAGCAGUACGUGUUGAAUGACAAGGUGGCGACGCUGCUUGUGCGUCCUCGAGGGUGGCAUCUGGACGAGGCUCAUGUGCUGGUGAACAAUCAGGUUCUGUCGGGCUCGCUCUUUGACUUUGGUUUGUACUUUUUUCACAAUGCCCACGAGCUUGUAGCACGUGGAUCGGGGCCGUACUUUUACCUGCCAAAACUUGAGCAUCACUUGGAAGCAAAGCUAUGGAACGAUGUCUUUGUAGCAGCGCAAGGUUACUUGAGCAUCCCGCAGGGAUCGAUCCGUGCGACCGUGCUCGUGGAAACUAUCCUGGCUGUGUUCCAGAUGGACGAGAUUUUGUACGAACUACGUCAUCACUCUUCUGGCCUCAAUUGUGGCCGUUGGGACUUUAUCUUUUCGUACAUAAAGAAGUUUCGGAAUCACCCGCAGUUUGUCGUGCCCGACCGCUCGUCGGUCGGCAUGACUACGCCCUUUAUGGCUGCUUACGUCAAGCUACUCGUUCGCACGUGUCAUCGUCGUGGCGCCCACGCAAUGGGCGGUAUGGCAGCCCAGAUUCCUGUGAAGAAUGAUCCGGAGCUGAAUAGUAAGUUUAUGGCAGCUGUCAUGGAAGACAAGUCUCGUGAAGUGGCUGCGGGUCACGAUGGCACUUGGGUCGCGCACCCCGGCCUUGUCAAGAUUGCAAUGGAAGCGUUCAGCAAGAUGUCGGGUCCCAACCAGAUUUCGUGGAUUUCUGACGCUGGCAAGGAAAUUACUGCAGCUCAGCUUAUUGAGCCUCCAACUGGUGCUAUCACCUACAGCGGUCUGGUGGAGAACAUAGACGUAUCGCUAGUGUACACCGAGGCGUGGCUGCGCGGCAGCGGUUGCAUACCACUUCACAAUAAGAUGGAGGACGCCGCCACAGCUGAGAUCUCACGUGCUCAGGUGUGGCAGUGGAUCCGUCACAGCCGCAAGACAGUUGAAGGCAAGACCAUUUCGAAGGCGUUGGUUCUGGAGAUCUUAAAAAAGUGCGUAAACAAGCGUUCCCAAAAUGCCGCUGCGGGCGACAAGUGGACACUAGGUGGAGAGAUUGUGGGCAACAUUUUGACCGGAGACGACAUGGUUGAUUUUCUCACGCUGCCAUGUUACCCGCACAUUGUGCAGCUUGGCUCGAGUAUUUGA